GGUGUGCCAUGCGAUUACGAUGAAGACGAAGUGGAUUUUGACGUGCUCGGAUGGUGGAAGCGGAACGAACACAUGUUCCCAUGUCUCGGCAUGCUAGCAAGACAAGUGUUAUCCGUUCCGGUAUCAACCGUAGCAGUUGAACGAGAAUUCAGUGCUGGCGGCAACAUUCUAACCGACUUUCGAAGUUGUCUUAGCGCUGAAUCUCUUGAAACACUUGUUUGCAACCAAGAUUGGCUCUUGGCAAGACGUCGAGCUCAAGAGUCAACGUACCAACUCGAAUCGGAGCAUUACAUGAAUGUAACAACAGAUGGAAGUCCGAGUUCUGAAGAAUAAGUUAUAAUUUUUUUUGUUAAUGUAAAUAUGUAAUUAGUUUUUUUAGCUGAGCGAUAUAUAAGCUCCUUCGAGGGUUUCUUUACGGUUCUUUACCUCGUCGCUUUUUUUGAACCGUCAGGAUAUUAAAUGUGGUUGUUCUUC